CGACGAAAUCAACAUGGUCGUUGUUAGCGUCAAAAUAUCCAACGGCACGCGAUCUUACCACCUAUAAAUAGCCCACAAUGGUGGGGGUCUAUAAUUAAAUCGCUGUAUCGAAUGCGGGUAUAAUCGAAUCUUCCAUUGAGCACGCCAUGGCCACCACCAGCACCGCGACGGAGAACCCCAUUGCUUCCACCUCUGUGACCAUCGACAUUGAAGCGCCAAUCCCCGCGGAUGCUACGGCCGCCGCCGCUACGAGCACUACUGCGGCGGCCACUACUACCACCACCCCCUCGGCUCCCACGACAACGCCAGACGGUGGCAAAUCCAAGGCCCCCGCACCCAAGAAAAACUAUCGCCACGUCCAAGACGACUACAAGAUCGCAUGCUGUGGCAACAGUUGGCUCGACUUGUUCCUCGUACCGCUCACUGCGAUCGUUCUGUACGGCGCCAUGAUUGGGCUAUCUCUCUUGGUCCUGUGGGCGGUGUUCUUGACGUCCACGACGAACACCGCGCAUUGGAUUUUCUUCGCCGCGUGGCUACUGGGUGUUAUCUCAGUCAUCAUUUCCGUGCAAGUUGCAGAGUACGAAACAUACCUCAAGGCCCAACAAGUCAAGAAGCAGGCUUCCCACGAUACCAUCGCAUAGAAUCACCCAAUUCUGUAAUAUUAUACUUCAUACGCACA